GGCCACGCGGCGUUCCUUUCUUUCGGGGCUGCCCCCUUCCCCCGCCUCCAGCCUCCGGCCGGCCUCUCCGGACCGGGUGGCGUAUUUGUGCGGGGUGCCUGCUGCGCGGGGGAUGGCGGCGCCUCCCGCCCCUGCCUCCUCCUGCCUUUGUGCAGCUGCUCCUCCUCCCCCUUCUGGGCCGCUCCCCGCCAGCUUUCCCCGAGGCUGGAGAGGCGAGGAGGGGGCGAGCCGGGACCUGCCUAUUUGUGGCUGCCGCGGCAGCGACCGGGAGACAGGUGGGGAGGGGGCGCAGCUGGCUCGAGCACAUCUGGAGACGGUGGGCCGGGGAGGUUCCGAUCCCGACCCCGCCACCUACUGGCUGAGUGACCUUGGGUUGGUCAUAUACACUUACUGGCCCUCAGUUCCCCCCCUUUCAAAAUGGGGAGGGGGAUCGGAAGCUCCAUGGAUCCCUUGCAGCGCUAAAUCCUUCGAUCCCCCCACCUCCGCUGUCCAUUCCUAGUUAUUAAUGGAGAGAAGGCUCCCCGGCAUCGGCCUGUCCUUGAUGGGAAACCAACUGGACCGGAUCACGCACCUGAGCUACAGCGAGCUGCCCACCGGGGACCCGUCCGGCAUCGAGCAGGACGAGCUGCGGGUCGGGGUCGCCUACUUCUUCUCGGAUGAGGAGGAGGACGUGGACGAGCGAGGCCAGCCGGACAAGUACGGCGUAAAGGGCCCCCCCGGCAGCGGCGGCGGCGGGGGCGGCGGCGACGGCGAGGGCGACGCGGACGGCGGGGGCAGCCCGGGCCCCGGGACGCCCACCCACCACCCGCACCACCUGGUGCACCAGCUGGUGCUCCACGAAGCCCAGUGUUCCGCCUUCCGCGGCCCCGAAUGCAUCUUCUCCAAGGGGGGCGGGGGCGCCGGCGGGGGCGCCGGGGACCUGGGAGUCUACGCCGUGACGGCCCUGCCCGCCCUCUGCCAGCCGGGAGACCUGGUGGAGCUGCUGUGGCUGCGGCCCCCGGCCCCCGCCGCCGCCGGGGAGCCCCCCGGAUCGGCGCCCCCGCCGCCGCCGCCUCCGCACUGGGCGGUCUACGUGGGCGGCGGCCAGGUCAUCCACCUGCACCGGGGCGAGAUCCGCCAGGACAGCCUGUACGAGGCGGGCGCCGCCAACGUGGGCCGAGUGGUGAGUAACUGGUACCGCUACCGGCCCCUGGUGGCCGAGCUGGUGGUGCAGAACGCCUGCGGCCACCUGGGCCUCAAGAGCCCCGACGUGUGCUGGACCAACUCGGAGAGCUUCGCCGCCUGGUGCCGCUUCGGCAAGCGCGAGUUCAAGGCUGGCGGGGAGCUGCCGGCGGGCAGCCAGCCCCCGCAGCUGCAGUACUAUCUCAAGGUGCACCUGGGCGACGGCAAGGUGCACACGGCCAGGUUCCACAGCCUGGAGGACCUCAUCCGCGAGAAGCGGCGCCUGGACGCCAGCGGCACGCUCAGGGUCAUCAAGGAGCUGGCCGCCCUGGUAGAUGGCAAGGAGUAGCCGGGACCCGCCGCCGCUGCCGGCCGCCUUCCUGCCCCUCCCCCGGCCCCGGGGCCCUGCCCCCGCCCGGUCUCCCCCCGCCCCCUCCCUCCUUUUCCUUUCCCGACGGCGGCCAUCCGCUCUACGUAACACGACCGGCCCCCUCCCUCACCCGGCAGGCCCAGCGCCCCCACUUGCCGGCCACCUUGCCAGGGAUGGGCGGCCGCGGGGUCUCGCUCCUCAGACGUUUAGACCUUUGGGGGUAACGGCCGGGCUCGAAGGAGCCGUCCGGAGGAGGAGGGAGGAAGGGCUGAAGCCAGUGGGAGGGCCCGCGGGCCCCCCUUUCCGGAGCGGGAGCCCAGGGGAGGGGGAGAAGGCAGGCUGAGCCCCUUUGCAGCUGGGAGAAAGGGAAGAGAUUUCUGGGUGAAAUCGAACCACUUGUCCUUUGCCAAGUGGGGACUGUGCCCCCGUGGCCUGCGAAACGCAAGCCCUACAGAAAAGGGGAGGGGACCCCAGAAGGCUUAGACUGAUCCCCGGGUUUUCUUGUGGAUCUCAGGGUCCUUGGGUUUGUAGGUUUCUUUCAAAAAAGAAAUGACUGAGCCCAUUCUCCUGAGCUCCUGUGAAUAAUUCCCAGGAAACUCCCUCCCCGCCCCCAGGAUCGGGGUAAAGUACAGUCCCUGGCCCUCUGACCUCAGACAGCUUUGGCUUCUGGAGAAGCUUUGGGCUUCAAGCCCAGCUCUGCCACUUCCUGCAGAGGUGUCAUCCGCCCCCAGGAUUCCUAGGGACCUCAGCUGGUGGCUGCCCACGGAGGAGGCUGGGCCCCUUACCUCCCCUCCCCCCAGGGCCUGGGCUCGGGCAGCCAGGUAGCCGAGAUCCGGCCCCUCUCCUGCCCCCAGGAAAGGGAGAGGGUGACCCCUCCUGGUAAGCCUUGUAAGAGCAGCUAGACUCCCUCCCUUCUGGCUGUUUCAAACCCCGUCCCACCUGGGUGGAAGCCGAGGGAGCCGAGUAGCCAUUGCCCAGGACUGCCCAGCUGGCAGAAGGGAACCCGGCCCAUCACAGGCCGGCAACUUGGUCUGACUUUGCUAAAAUAUCUGAGUCACUGGGACAACAGGCAAAGUUUAAAGGAGAAAAGAAAACAGCAAGAAUCAUUUUCCAAUCAUGUCAACAAAGUCAAUCACGUUGAUGUUUUAUUGAAGCGUUUUAGGGACCUGUUAAUAAAAUUUCAAAUUGAAAUUUUGCUUUUCAUGGCUUGAAUCCAUGAUGGUUUAAAUAACCAGGGGCCGUAAGGAGGGGAUCUGUAGCUAAGAGCUUAGCUAACGUUGCCUUUCACUGGAUUCUGUUCUCAAAUAUUCCGAGAAUCGUUUUUGGAAUACUGUCAUUUUAUUUUUGCCUUUUGACGGCAGCCCCAGGAUAGGUAAAGUCUCUAAUCAGGGGGUAGAUUGGACUGAAUUUCUCUCAGUUCCAGGAUUGUUUUUAAAUUAGCUCAUGGGAAAUGGUUAGUAGGUUUCUUUCUCCUUAUGCUAUUUUCUGUUUGUUAUUACCCCCACACACACACAUACACAACUCAUUCUUCUAAUAGCCUGUUUCUACUUCUUAAUCCCCCUUUUUUUCUCUCCCCUUCAUGAAUCUAGAGUGGGCCAAAUUUUUUUUUAAUCUCCCUUCAUGAAUCGAAAGUGGGCCAAUUUUUUAAUCUCCCCUCAUGAAUCGAGAGUAGACCAAAUUUUCUUUUAGUUUUAGAAUUCGAAGAGAAAGAGAUUGACAGAGAGAGCCAGGGAGAGACAGAAGGGAGAACAGCAAGUGGGCCGAGGCCAGGUCUUGUUCCAGGCACGCAGGAGGGGUGUGGGUUUGCAGCUCCCCUCCCCCAGUCCCUGCACUACCAGUCUGACUGGCUCUGACUCACAGUGCACAAGAAACACCCCCAGCAUCUCCUGCCCUCACCUAAGAAUCUGUCACCAAAAUAGAGCCGGGGUGUGUUGGACCAAUUGCUCAGGAGAUGACAAAUGGGAUAGACGGCUCCGAUCUGGCCGGACGGCGACGGCCGGCCUGGUGGCCUGGGCCGGGAGGCGCUUUAGAGAUCGCAGUAAUAGUUGCAAAAUUUCAAGAGGGCACAAACUGGAGCAUGCCGGAGAUGAGAACAGCCUCCGUUGGAGCUGUUCGUUUUUGUUGGCUUUUUUGUUUCCCUCCCAAUUUUAUCUGUUGUCUAAUCCUAAUUCUCGGGAUCAAAAAGUCAGAGCGUGGUGAUGGAUGCUCCGUAUCGUCCUGGUGUUCACCACUUCCCCGAUGAGGUCAUUUCUAAAACUGUGGAAAGUGCAUCUACCUUUGUUUAAGAAAAAAAAAAAAGAAAUCGAGGGGAGAAAACUCCUCCCAGAAAGCCCUUUAGUAAUGACUUCUUUUUGCUGUCUGCCAGCCCUCAGCGGUUCAUUUUGCCUUAGCCCCCACCAGCCUCUCUUCCCAGGACCAGGAUGGCACUGCUAAGGCCCCAUGCUCUGAGUGGCUAUUGGUUGCAUCCUGGCUGAUAUUUGAUAUCUAUAUCUUGGCUCCUUACUCUAUUAAAUACCAUCUAAUGUAUCGGUCCCUGAGGCUGCCUCCUUCUUGGUUUCCUCAUCCUUGAUUUUUAUCCUCUUCCCCAAAUUCACAGGACAGGGGUCCCGGAAAGAGUCACCUUUUCUUUGACUCCUGCUAAGGUCCCGGGCCCUUGACCCCAGGGAUUUCCGAUGGCUGAGCCUAGACUGGGGUACAGAGAGUGGGGGAUGCUCCAGAGUUUUCUAUUUGCUGAUACUAGGUUGGUAAUAAAGCUGUCAGUUUGUCAGUUAA